AUGAGGAUACUAUUAUUAGCGGCUUUCGUCGGCUACGCCACUGCCCAAUAUGCUCAUGACGCUAGCCUAAGACAUGAUCGUGAUGUCGAGAAGACGAUGCACAAGGAGGAGCACAAGAUUGAAACCCGUCAAGUGAACGCCGGCGCGAAUAUGCGAGUCGGACGUGAUGUCGAAAAGACGAUGCACACCGAGACUAUCGAGCGCCACGAGCGCGGAAUCGAGAAUGUUCAGGGAGCCGGAGAUGGCGGCACUCAGUUCAGGGAUCAGCGUGAUAUCCCCGAUCGCAAGGAGGAGGCCCAGCUUGACCAAGGAGCCCGCGAUGGACGCGACGCUACCCUGAACAGGGAACCCAGGACCAUUGGAUUGGCUACGGGAGGAUACGGAGGUGGAUACGGCAUGGGAGUGCAGCCCGGAGUUGGAUUGGCCGUUGGAAGGAAGCGCAGAGACACUAAGGAUCAAGCACAAAUCCGCGAGCCGCGCACCAUUGGAUUGGCUACGGGAGGAUACGGAGGCGGAUACGGUAUGGGAGUGCAGCCCGGAGUUGGAUUGGCCGUUGGCAGGAAGCGCAGAGAUACGCUAGCCGAAGACGAGCGUCAGCCCCGCGGAAUUGCUAUGGGAGGCACAUCUAAUGGAGGAAGCAUGCAAAUGACCGGAUCUGCCACCCGUCCCGUUCGCCAGGCUUUGAAAACCGAGGCAGGAGGAUACGGUCGCGUUGCACCCGCUUCCGUCCAGGCCCCGAUCCUCCUCCGCGAGACUCGCCAGGUUUUCAGAAGCGAACCGGGUGGUUACGGUAGGGCCCUUAGGGACGUAGAGAAGCAGAUCACCCACCACGAGGAGGAGAUUGCCCGCCCCGAGCGUGAAGCCCAAACUACAACCAUCGAAAAGACCAAAUCCUCAGUCUCCGUGACGCGACCGGCACGCGACGCGACCGCUUCGGAGACUGAGCGCCACCAGCGUGAGGUUGAGGAGCGUCGUGAGAGGAGGAAGCGAUUUAUGCAAGCUCACGCCUCGCACUCGGGCCCCGGCUUCGGAAUGGGCUACGGACAGGUCCCGAUGGGAUACGGCUGGGGACGC